AUGAAGAACGCCGACUAUUUCUCCAACUACGUGACAGAGGACUUCACCACAUACAUCAACAGGAAGAGGAAAAACAAUUGCCACGGUAACCACAUCGAGAUGCAAGCCAUGGCUGAGAUGUACAACAGACCGGUGGAGGUGUACCAGUAUAGCACAGAACCAAUCAACACGUUCCAUGGCAUCCACCAGAACAACGACGAGCCUAUCAGAGUGAGCUACCACCGCAACAUUCACUACAACUCCGUGGUGAAUCCGAACAAGGCGACGAUCGGAGUCGGACUGGGACUGCCGGCCUUCAAACCCGGGUACGCAGAGCAGACUCUGAUGAAGUCGGCCAUCAAGACGUCGGAGGAGUCGUGGAUCGAGCAGCAGAUGUUAGAGGACAAGAAGAGAGCGACGGACUGGGAGGCCACCAACGAGGCCAUCGAGGAGCAGGUGGCCCGCGAGUCGUACCUGCAGUGGCUCCAGGACCAGGAGAAGCAGGGCAGACAGCCCCGUAAGGCGAGCGCCACCUGCAGCUCGGCGACAGCAGCGGCCUCCAGCGGACUGGACGACUGGAGCGCCCGGUCGCCGCGGCAACGCGACUCAGACCCCUCCCACUCGGACCUCACAGCCGCCCCCGCGACCAACAACAAGCCCCCCUCCCCCGCCGGAGCCGCCCUCAUCCUGAGCAAACCCCCCUCCCCCUGCGCACCAGGUCCCAGUAAUCAGUCUCGUCAUCAUUUGGAGUACAGAGCCAUCAUGCAGGAGAUGUCGCCCACAGCGUUCGGCCUGACAGACUGGGAGGACGAUGAGAUCUUGGCGUCGGUACUGGCCGUCUCCCAGCAGGAGUACAUGGACAGCAUGAAACACCAGAGCACCGCCAUGCAUCGAGAGCGAGAGCCGUCGCCCGACAGCAGCUGAUAGCCGGCCAACACACACACACACACACACACACUUACACACACCUACACACAAACACACACACACACAUGCACAACAAUGACCUUUGACCCCCCCCCCCCCUCCUCU